CUCCCAUCUCAUUUGUUAGCUACUUCAAUAAUUCUGCUUCAAUUUGAUUGUUUCCUCACAUUCCUUGUCUGCAGCCGAAAUUCGGAGCCGUUCCGUUUGUCCGGUCCGAUUUGGCGCAGAUAAGAAACAUUUUGGAUAACACCAUGGAAGUAGAAUCAUCAUCAAAGCCAAGCCUCGGCGGACCAUCAUCGUCUUUCCGUCUCCGUAGUCCUAGUCUUAAUUGUCUUCGACUACGUAGAAUCUUCGAUGUUUUUGACGCAAACGGUGACGGCAUGAUCACUCUGGAAGAGCUAAGGCAGGCCUUAGAACAACUCGGCCUAGAAGCGGACCAAUCCGAGCUUGAAUCCACAGUUCUGUGUUACGUUAAACCGGGCAAUACAGGUCUCGAAUUUGAAGACUUUGAAACGUUGCACCUAUCUCUAGGACAUACAUUUUUCGGAUCAGAGGAUGAUUUGAGUGAUCCAGCGGCACAGGAGGAAGCAGAUUUAGCCGAGGCCUUUAAGGUUUUCGAUGAAGAUGGCGACGGGUAUAUAUCGGCGGCGGAAUUGCAAGUGGUGUUAGAUAAACUAGGUUUACCUGAAGCACAAGAAAUGGAUAGAGUUCAACAGAUGAUCAUUUCUGUUGAUCAAAACCAAGAUGGGCGUGUAGAUUUCUCUGAGUUUAAGAACAUGAUGCAAAAUGUUACUAUUCGAUCAACUGCAGCUUAAAAUUUUUGUUUUCAUAUUUCUGUUUUUUUGUAACUUUUAUGUAAAUCAGGAAUUCUUAGAUUGGAGUAAUUGUGCACAGAUUUGGUGUUAGCGCUGCUGCAUUUGUGCUUCAUUUUUCUAGGGGUAUCAAAAUUAUUAAAUCAUGUUGAUGGGACAGAACAAAAAUCUCAUUUUGUUUCAGAGCAUAUAAAUUUUGGUAGUUUUGUUUA